AUGGUAUGGCUGUUGAUAUUUUCUUUACUCGCGUGCACAGCGGUGGUCGUCUUUGCAAAUGACAGUCAACAGCUCUUUUUACCCAAUACAUACGUUGUCGAGUUUCAACAACCCCAUCAUGAUGAUGGUCUAUUUCAACGGUUGGCCGAACACAAGAUUGAACAUCAUCUACGACAUCGAUAUGAUAUGAUGAAUGCCAUUUCGCUAUCGUUCAACACAUCCAAUGACGCUACUCGUUUCUUUAACCUUAUGCGACAAGACAUACAUCGCACAUGGCCUGUGAACGCCGUUGCACGCCCAAAUGCAAAACUACUUCACGUUGGAAAAAAGCCAGCAACAGGACUCUUCAACUAUUACAAUGAUACGGGUGUCACUCAAUUGCGUGAGGAGCUAGGGUUGACAGGUCGAGACAUCAAAGUUGGAAUUAUUGAUAGUGGACUCGAUUAUACACAUCCCAGCUUGGGUGGAUGCUUUGGGAGUCAAUGCCGCGUCGCUUUUGGAUAUGAUUUUGUUGGAGAUGAUUACACAGGCGAUAACCAACCUAUACCCGAUGGCGAUCCUAUGGAUUGUAAUGGACACGGAACGCAUGUUGCCGGUAUCAUUGGUGCUGAUGAUAAGGAAUUUCAAUUUACAGGCGUUGCUCCUGAUGUCACCUUUGGAGCCUAUCGAAUCUUUGGAUGUUCUGGUAGCAGCGCGGAUGAUGUGAUUAUGAAAGCAAUGGAACAAGCAUACUAUGACGGCAUGGAUGUGAUCAACCUAUCGUUAGGCGAUUUGGGAUGGGCGGAUUCGCCAGCGUCCGUUUUGGCAGACGUACUCACUCUGAAAGGCAUGAUGGUGGUAGCAGCUGCUGGUAAUGAAGGCGACAAAGGCAUGUUUCAAGUGGGAGCACCUUCGUUAGGCCGACAUGCUCUUUCUGUGGCAAGCACCGAUAACUCGAUCACUUUGGCACACCCAAUAAGGUACAAUGAUUUUCAAGUGGGAUAUUCAACUUCAUCAGGGAAGCCAUUGCCGGUUUCUGAAGGCGAGAUUGUACCUGUAUCCGAUACUUUUAUGCCACCUGAUGAUGCUUGCCAACCUGUACAUUCGAAUCAUCUCUUGGGGAAGAUUGCAUUGAUUGCACGUGGUGGAUGUUAUUUCUCUGAAAAGGUCCAAAAUGUACAGGCGGCUGGUGCUAUAGCAGCCAUUGUCUACAACAACAAUCCAGGUCUCGUGAACCCAUCUAUCAAUGACCCAACAAUACGCAUUCAAUGUGGUGGUAUUUCCAAUGAGCAAGGGGAGUCAUUGUUCAACAUGACAAUGGCCAAUCCAGGGGUACAGUUUGAGUUGCCAAAUGAAGAUGUUCAAUUCGAAAUACCGACUGCAGGAACCAUCAGUUCAUAUAGCUCAUGGGGCUUAGGACCCGACUUGGGCGUCAAGCCUGAUAUUGCUGCACCUGGUGGGGAGAUUUAUUCAACUUAUCUCAUAAAAGAGGGAGGCUAUGCAACUUUAAGUGGUACAAGCAUGGCAAGCCCACAUGUUGCUGGUAUCAUUGCGCUUUUGCAACAAGCCAAAGGUGGUGGUCGUAGCCUGCAUCCAGAAGAAUUACGUGCAACGCUCAUUAAUACUGGUGAUCCACUAAGCCGAUAUCAAUCUUCAGCAUUUGAAUCGGUUGCUCGUCAAGGUUCAGGUUUAAUCAACGUCUACAAAUCCAUCCAUGCCAGCACCAGAGUCACCCCUGAACAAAUUGCAUUGCGUGAUCUAUCACGACAAGCACCCAACAAUGAAUACUCAUUCACUAUUCACAAUAAUGGGCGUAUGGCAGGCGAUUACAAGAUUACCCAUGUCCCAGCAACCACUGUACAAGGCUACAGCAAUGGUGAUGAUAUGGCGCCACUGCAGCAACCUAUCCAGCUCGAUGAUCCAGGGACACAAGCCAUUGUAGAGAGCAUAUACCCCAACGAAGUCAGCAUCCCAGCCAAUGAAGCAGCCAAUGUUACGGUGCGUCUACGUGCACCUGCUGAUACUCAAGCGCCAUCGGUGUAUUCGGGUUAUUUUAAGAUUGCCAAGGAGAAUGACGACGACAAUGUACUUUACUUGCCGUAUGCUGGUCUCUCUGUUGAAUUGGGAAGCCUUCCUGUACUUUAUGUCAACAGGUCUAUGCCCAUGGUGAUGCUUGAUACGGCAGGUGUUAGCAGCCGAUCACCCGCUCUUAUCCAGCUACAAUUGAUCCACCCUUCACCCUUGCUUCUCGUUACUGCGGUGGAUGCCAAAAACACAUCCCAGUCCUUUGGUAUUAUUCCUGGUGGCUAUUGGGCAUUUCUUGGAAGGAACAAUGUCCAUGAUAUCAAUGAUUCCAUUCUUAUGGCUUGGGCUGGCGAUAUUGCUACAUCACCAGAGCAAGCAAUGGCAGAGCAAAGCACAGCUGCAGCAGCAGGGUUGGCUGUCAUGCAACCAAAACUCUUUCGAUCCACCAAAAACGUUGAUCAUCAGCUGCAUAUGGAAGAGGAAGCCGCUUCAAUACAAGAUUUCAGCAAUAAUGGUAAACCAUUACCCUCAGGAACCUACAAGCUUAAGGUGAUGGCGUUGCAUGCAUUUGGGGAUUAUGAAAAUGAUGCAGACUAUGACAUUUGGUACUCGGACGAGAUGUAUAUCAGAAACCACUAG